CCAGCGCCCCGUCGCCAUGUCCAAAUUCCUCCUUUUCCUCGCCCUCUUCGCCGCAACGGCCGCGCAUGCAGCGUCCUCCUCCAAAAUUGAGCCUCGUCUAGCGGCCACUCUCGCCUACUCGUCAUCCCCGGCCAGCGUUCUCGUCUCCUUUCCAGGAACGACGGGGCCAGUCCUGGUCUUCUUUGAGAAGACCGCUUUCACCAGCCGAGGUGCCAAAGCGACCGCGAUUGCCACCGAGCUUCGCGCCAAUUCUUCCCAAGCUCAAUCCGAAGCUCGCGCCCUGCUCGAUUCUGCCUCCAUUUAAUACGAAGUCUUCUGGAUCACGAAUCAAAUCUACGUUCGUAACGCGGAUGCCGUCCUCGUCUCCAAAUUGGCCGGACUGCCUUCCGUGUCCGAAAUUUCGCAAGAGUUUCAAGUCUCCUUCAUCCCGCAUCACAAUGAAGGACUAAACCCUGCCCGAAAAGCAGGGAUCCUCGCCGAGUGGGGAAUUGAACACAUCGAGGCCCCCGCCGCCUGGGCCCUUCCCGGGGGAAAUAACGGCACUGGCGUCAUCGUGGCCAAUAUCGAUACUGGCGUCCACGCCACACACAUCGACCUUGCGGACAAUUUCGUUGGAACAAAUUACGGCUGGAGGGACGUUACCCUGUUCGGUUCGGAGACCCCGAGAGACGACAAUGGUCACGGGACUCACACCAUGGGCACGAUCGUGGGCGCGAACGGAAUCGGGGUCACGCCCGGAGCGAGAUGGAUGGCUUGCAAGGCGCUGAACGCACAAGGGAGCGGAACCAACGCGGGACUUAUCAGUUGCGGACAGUGGGUGGCGUGCCCAACCCUGCCGAACGGGGGCAGCCCCGACUGCACCAGAAUUCCGCACGUCGUGUCCAACUCUUGGGGUGGCGGUCAAGCUAACGAUGAAGUCAUCAACACGUGGCACGCGAUGGGCAUCGUCCCAGUCUUUGCCAACGGAAACUCGGGACCCGCAUGCACUACGACUUGGUCACCUGCUGACAGUUUGGCUUGGGUGAGGGCACCGAGAUUAAUCAUAUUUUAUAUUUGCCACGGAAGGAUUUGUUCUAAUUUUCUUAUAAAGGUGAUUGCUGUAGGCGCUACCAUUGAUACCAACGGGUUGUUAUCGUUCUCGAAGGGACCCACCAUUGGAGGUCGACCCAAGCCAGAUAUCUCAGCUCCUGGCCAGAACAUCCGUUCAGCGUGGAACUCCCCGGGCAACAAUGCAUACGACACCAUUUCCGGAACGUCCAAUGCUGCUCCGCAUGUCGCCGGAGUUGCUGCCCUUCUCAAGGCCCACAACGCAUCCCUGACUUGGGAGCAGAUUAAUGCCAACAUGAACGGCAACGCCAACACGGAAAAUGUGGUCCCCACCGGACAAAACUGCGGAGGCAUUGGCGAGAGUAUCUUCCCCGACAUGGCGUUCGGAAGUGGCAUCGUCAAACCGAGAGUGUCCCUUGCUGCCGCCAUUGCUGGAAAAUAGAUGUUAAUUAGUCAUAAUUUGGAACAUGAGUAGUCAGUGGCUACUAAAAUUUAAUACAAUUCGAAAAUAAAUUAAAAGAACUAUUUCUCUCCGA